AUAAAUGAAAUGAAGCAAUGUUUAAUGUCAGCAUUUUAUUUUUCACUGUUUAAGGCCAAUGCGGCUUAUUCAAAUAGAAACGUUUCAAUGCCAGUUCAGUUCAGGUUCUGUUUUCAAGGCCAGAUUUUAUUUUCAAUCAAUUCCUCAUAAGCACAGGCUAAAAAUGACAAGUCUGCUGCAGGAAUGUUUUGUACCUGACGAAAGCCUCUGAACUCGCUCAGUUUGUGCGUUGAAUCAGUCGUUUUUGAUGGCAGCUGUGGAUUAAGUGCACUUCCAGAAAGUGGAGAUGACGUCUGAGAGCCCUUUCUCUUCUCGCUGCGACCCUGGAGCUUCAGAAGUGAUAACAGCACUUAAAUCCCAUCCGCCGACUCUCCCCUUGCAAACACAGAUAUUUCCUGUAGCGAUGGAGCUCAGAGAUAAAGCCGAGAUGACAGGAGAACUUUCCUGUUGCUCAGCGCAGCCACCAAAACCCCACCCUCCAUCUUGUCUUGAUACGCCGCAUCACAACACCCUUCAUGCUACAUCACGGCCAUCUCAUAAUGAAGCUUUAAUGGAGACUGUUUAUCAUGUAACUGUCAUCGUCUGCCCCAUCGGUUUUUCUCUCUGUCCCAUCUCCCAGUUUGUAUACACUUGAAAGAAGCAGGGCAAAAACCUUAUAUGGACAGCUGGGCAUUUUCUAAAUCGGUUAUGUAAGUGAUCACUCAGCUUCUUGUUCUCCUCUGUUCUUAAAGUUUGGAUUAAAGAAAAAUCUCAUCUUUUUAAGAUGUUGAAAAGCUUCCACUCAUCAGUCGGCUGUAAACAGUCGUUCCCUCUGUCCCGUUCUGAUGCCUUGAACAGAGCUUAUUGUUGUUGUGUUUGGGUGGAGAAUGUUGCGAGUGGGACUGACUCGCUGCUGAAGUCAGAUUUCUGUCUGUCUGUCUGUCUGUCUGUACUGCGGCGUCUGUAACAAACAGCUGCAUUGUGAACGCAGCGUCUCUGAUCUCACUUCUCCCUGCAUCUCGCUCGUGUUUCCUCUCUGACUGCUGGUUCGUGGUGACGGCGAUGGGAUGAGGUAGUUCAGGUUAUCUCUCGGUGUGCUGGACCCGGUUGAACUGUGACUCAUGCGGACUAAAGCUCUGAGUCGCUUGGAGGUUCCACUGGAGCUCUUGAAAAAAGCGUCUGAUACCGAGCAGGAUGCGGCCGUGAAACUUGACCAGGAGCGGGCUGAGAUAGUCGCCAAAUAUGACAAGGGAAAAGAGGCCACCGUGGAGCCUUGGGAGGACACCGACUUCCACCUGUACAAAGUCGUCGACCGCUUCGGCUUUGUUCACGAGAGUGAGCUUCCAUCCUACGACUCGGUGGAGGAGAAGCAAAAACACACGGAGGUGGAGAGGACCGCCAAAUGGCUGAAGAUGCUGAAGAGCUGGGACAAAUACAAGAACAGCGAGAAGCUGGUCAGGAGGAUCUAUAAGGGCAUCCCCCUGCAGCUCCGAGGGGAGGUGUGGUGUCUGCUGCUCGACAUUCCCAAAAUGAAGGAGGAGAAGAAAGACUUCUAUGAGAAACUAAAGGCCAGAGCGCGAGGACUCUCGCCCGACAUCCGCCAGAUCGACCUGGACGUGAACCGGACCUACAGGGACCACAUCAUGUUCAUGAAUCGCUACGACGUCAAGCAGCAGGCUCUCUUCCACGUCCUCACAGCCUACUCCAUGUACAACACGGAGGUGGGAUACUGCCAGGGCAUGAGUCAGAUCACAGCUCUGCUGCUCAUCUACAUGAACGAAGAGGACGCCUUCUGGGCUCUGGUCAAACUGCUGUCUGGGCAGAAGCACGCCAUGCACGGGUUUUUUGUCCCCGGCUUCCCGAAGCUGAUGCGCUUCCAGGAUCAUCACGACCGAAUCCUCAAGAAGACGAUGCCCAAACUGAAACAACACCUGGACAGCCAGGAGGUGUUCACCAGCCUGUACACCAUGAAGUGGUUCUUCCAGUGCUUCCUGGACAGAACUCCCUUCACCCUCACCCUCAGGAUCUGGGACAUCUACAUCUUAGAGGGUGAACGGCUGCUGCCCGCCAUGUCCUACACUAUCCUCAAAAUGCACAAGAAGCACCUGAUGAAGCUGUCCAUGGAAGAGCUGGUGGAGUUUCUGCAGGAGACCUUGUCCAAAAAUUUCUUCUUCGAGGACGACUUUGUGAUCGAGCAGCUACAGGCGUCCAUGACGGAGCUCAGGAGGGCGAAGCUGGACCUGCCUGCACCAGGUAAAGAGGAAGAGUUUCCCAAGAAGCCUCUCGGGCAGCUUCCUCCUGAGCUGGCGGCAGCAGGGGCGAACCACGUGGCCAACGGUCAAAGCCACGCAGAGCCAGCUGAGCCACCCAGGGACCCGAGUCCUGUACCAGACCGCCAGCGGGACAGUCGGCCCCCCAGCCGGUCACGCCGGGCCUCACUGGAGAAACCGAUCCGCUCCCACAAGGCUGACAGGAGGGAUGGCCGCUCCAGGGCAUCAGGGGAGAUCCCAGGUGAGCAGCAGAAGCAUUCAACCUCCACCACACCUGAGAGGGGAGCAACACCAACCUCAGCCCCCACCCCUACACCACAGCUCAGCUCACUGGAUGGAAGGAAACCUCAGAGCCACGCCACCGCUAACAACAACUCCAACGCCGCCCCCAGCUAUAACAGAGACAUCACUCCCCGCUGGUUCAAACCCUCCGAGAUGAAGCUGGAAGCUGCCAAAGCGGCAGCUGCCCAGGAGGUCAAACUGAGCCGAGGGGUGUCGCCGGCCCCCUCCAGCCCAGAAGAUGGUGUUCUGCCCCACCGGCGACCACGCUCCAAGGCCUUCGUCCCCGGCUCCAACCGAGGCUCCAACGCCUCUCAGUACGACAAUGUACCAGGGCUGCCGGAGCAGGAGUUCGAGAUCCUGGAGCUUGACAGACCUCCGUCCAGAAUGAGGACACCUCGCAGUGACAUACCCUACGGCGUGCCGUCCCUCCAUCAGGGCAGCCCCAGCCGUGGACCCAGUCUGGCUGGGAGUGUCGCGUCUGUCACAUCAGGGCCCAGGAUGGCCAACCACCCACUUCCUACUCGAUUUUCCCAGAACAGUCCCACGGUAGUCCAGCCCAGCUACCCCGGCAGCCAGUUCCACACCCCUCCCCAGCAGCACUCCCCAGGCAGAACUACUACUGAGGUCCCCAUCCUACAUCCCACCUACAGCGUGAGCCUGGGCCACAGGGGAGAGGACAGACUCUAUGCUCCGCCCUCCCGUCUUACCCCACCCUCCAAUGUGGCAUAUGGGGAACGAGCGUACGCCACCACCCACCGGCACAAGAACAGCCACUCCCCAGAGAAGGCUCUCAUGAACAACUCCUACACCACCUACCGCAGGCAGCCGCCACCAAACUCCAUCCACAAUCCCCAUAAUGCCAGGCCUCCCCCGGAGCACCACCUACAGCUGGAAACACAGGGGAGCUCCACCCCCAUCUACCUGCAGCAGCUCACCUCCACCGCACAGGUACGCGCUCCGGUGGACUACAGGUUUGAGGGGCACCGGAGAGGCGAGGCAAACCCACACUACCUGCCAGAGGGCGGGCCUCGGCAGCCAGUGGACGGGGUCCCGUGGACGCCGAAGGAUGAACUGCCCCCUCAGUCCCCAGGUGGGAUGCCCCGCUCACCCAGCUUCCAGAGAGCCCAAAUGUCUCCUGUUCAAGAGUUCACUUUUCCGGCCAACCCAGACAGCCUGCUUCACUACAGGACACAGUUCCAGGAGCAGGAGCCUGUCAUAAGGCAACAGCUCCCUCAGCUGUUUGGAGGACCACACUACAGGCACGCACAGGAGGCGUUUGCCAUGCAGGAGUCCAUGUUGCUGUGAUGGGAGGAUAGAGAAAUGGCAAGACACUGUAAAACAAAAAACAAAAAAAAAACUGAGGCGUAGUCACUGACACUGUGGUAAAGACGAGCAGUAGUCCUAGCUUUGUCAGGAACCUGGUUUUGUCUCUGCUCUGUUGUUCUUUAUGUGUGAAGUACUGACCUUCUGACUGUCACGCUGCAUCGUAACGCUGCAGGACGCACCAGCCUCUGACGUUUUUACUGAUCACUUUCAAAAGAGAAAAAACUGACUGAAGAUUUAAUUUUAUUUUUGGAUGUAAAUCAUUAACGAGAGGUGACCGUAUAUAUCUUUUAGAGUCAGAUAUGUAUGGUGGAUUUUUGUUAAUAUGCUGAGUUGUUAUCAGUAGCAGGAACAGAACAAAACUCUGAUUUAUUUUCCAUCUUUAUUUUUUUAUAUGUUACUUCCAGAUAUUUACAUUAGAGAUCAAUUUACUCUAUAUGCUUGUGAAUGUUAUUUUUUAAAAAACACAAAAUAAUAUUAUGUCCAACGACAGAAUUAGGGAGCAGGGAUGAACAAGUCGCUGUCAGUUUUGAUUUCCAUUUCAGUUCUGAAAACCCUCCACUGUGGAAAGAGCAGAGUUUUGUUGUUUAUGUUCUAAUUUUUCCUUUUCAGUUUCAGAGAUGAUAAUCCUGAUUAACGGACGUGCAAGUCAUUCCUCUUUCGCACGUGAAGUUGCAGUACAUUGGAUAUUUACAUGUAUUUGAGGCCAGUGUAGUUAUUGAUUAAAUUCAAACCCCGAAUAGAAACUCAAGAGCUUCAGCUAAUUUUUGAGGGCUAAUGAUGUUAUAUACUUUUUGUUUGAUGGUUUUACGCCACCUGAUUUGCUAUGUAACCGCAGGUAACCUGUUUUUUAACCGCUGUACUGUUGUUAGCACAUCUCAAGCACAUGCAGCCAGAGAUGGAACUGAGCUAGUUUCAGUUCAGUUAGUUUUACUUCAUUAUGUCUUAUUAUUCUCAACACUGUCAUAUCAACUGCUGUUCAGCUGCAGGCACUUCCACUGGCACACACUACACGUCACACAUUUCAACAUUUAAAUCAGUCACAUUCCCUGUUAUGGCUCCUCGAACUCGGGAUUCAAAGCAGUUACUCUCAAGCAGUAUUGUCAAUACUGUUCAUUACAUUCCCUAAGUUAUCUCUGUUUUUUUGUUAAACAACUAACUGCAGACCAUUCUGAUACUUUGCUUAAUAAAAAAGGAGGUGGGGUGAAAAUGAG